AGGAAGAGUAACAGAAGGGAGUUCGCCACACGUGCAAAUUCGCAAAGAGAAAAGUAGAAGCUGAAGGAAUCGAGGAGUGCUGGGACUUUUGUCAAAGCAGUCCUCUAAAGUCGUCUGAGGGUGCCGUUUUCUUGUGCCCCUUCCCUUAACGGUUGCGUGACGUACACCGUCGUUCUCUCUGCUCGGCAAUGCCCAAAGGGUUCGCCGUGCACUCAUUGACGGCCCCGCAGAAGGAAGUCGUCAUUGACGAGGCGCUCAUUCGCAGCGGUAUCACAUUCAAACCGUCCUUCACCACGGAGGAUGACCGUAUUCGUGUAGUGGGCAACCAAGAAAAAGCGUUGCGGGAGAGUAAGGUGCGUAAAGAGGCGGCAAAGAUUGAUCUUGGUCAGGUCCAGACCCUUCUCUUGUCCUUUCGCCGAAUUGAGCGAAUUGAGAACUUGAGCAGCCUCCGCUCCCUGACGAAGCUGCACCUCGACAACAAUCGUAUCCAGCGCAUUGAGAACCUCGAGAGCCUGGCGCACCUGCAGUGGUUGGACCUGAGCUACAACGCGAUCGAGACGAUAGAGGGAUUGGCGUCUUUGCAAGAGCUGCAGUGUCUCUCCCUCUAUUCGAACAAAAUUGCCGCCGUCGAUGGUCUUGCGGGCCUGCCAAAGCUCGACACGCUUAGCCUGGGCCGCAACCCCAUCGAACACUUGGAUGACACAGUGCACUACCUCCAUAAACUUCCCCACCUGCAAGUCCUGACGCUGAAGGAGUGCCCCUUAGUCGAUCUACCGCACUACCGUUCCCGCGUGGUGGCGUUUGUGCGUAAGCUCAAAUUUUUAGACGGUCACCUUAUUCAAAAAGAGGAGGCCGCAAGGGCGCGGGAGGACCAGCGAGAGAACUUGCUCACGGUCGACGAGGAGGACGAGGCGCUGGCGACGGCGGCUAAGGCGAGGGCAGAGCAGGAGGCUGUCGCGUCGUCGUACCAGCAGUACAACUGCCCAGAUGAGACGUCGCUCUUCGACGAGCUGAUGCACCUUGAUCCUGAGGGACGGAACAUGGAGGCGAUUCUGCGCAGCGAUGCCGUCUACCCGGUGGCAAAGGAGCCGAUGGAGCGCCACCAGAGCGAGUUCAACGAGCAGCUGAAGCAGCUGACGGCGGCGAUGAAGGACAUCCGCGAGCACCGCGACGCCGACGACCAGGCCUACCACCAGGCGGUGGACCACCUCAUCCGCAACGGGGCGGCCAGGUCGCAGGCCUCCCUUCAACAGUUCGAGCAUCUCCUAAAGCAGUCGGUGCCGAAAGGGGUGUCCCGGCAACGGCAAAAGCCCGGCAACGCCCUCACACCGCAAACCGUCGAGUCUCUGCAGGCCGCAGCUGAGAAGCUGCGACAGGACCUCUUUGAGCAGGAGGCGACGCUGUACGACGCACUGGAAGUGCUGCACAACUCCACCAUCGCGAAGUGGAAGGCCGAUGGCGUCGAGGUGGUCCUGCAGAGCGCGUUUGAAGCGCUCUUGCGGCUGGAGGCCGAUUUCCAGGUGCAGGUGCGGCACAUCUUCGACACGGUGUUUGAGCAGCGGCAACGCGGCGACAACGGCGGUCGCGGACUGCACUACGGCAGCCAAGACGACGCCACCCUCGCCUCCCUCGACAACAGGGAGGAGUACCAGCGGACCGCGAACGAUUGGUACGAGCUGCGACGCAAACGUGUGGAGGAGCUGGAGAUGUACCACCUCAAGGCAGAAGAGGCGCUGCUCUCGACCCGGGCCAACGCGAUCCGCGCGGCCGAGCAGGAGCGCCAUCGGCAGCGCAUUCAUGAGGUGACGGAGUACAUCAAUGAAGCAAACGACAUCAUCGAUGGACAUAGUGGCUGA